ACUACCUAAGUCGGCGAUGGUUUUGUCGCCAAUGACCUGCAUUUCCGCCUCUAUGGGUUGACUUACCUUCUGUGCGCCUGAUUCGGUGGCAGAAAGGAUGGGCAGUGGUAAUCAGCCUGCCAAACUACGAACUAAGACUGGGUGUCAGAUAUGCAGAAAUCGCAAGAAGAAAUGUGAUGAAACCCGCCCUGCUUGCCAAAGAUGUGUUGCUCUUGGCCUCUCUUGCCAAUGGCCUACAGCUGAGGAUCUGGUCGAUCGCCGCUGCACGCCGGCUCGUCGGCAGAAAUCCGUGUCUUUGUCGCCAGUGUUGUCAAAGACGAGACUGCAUCACGUCCAUGAUCGUGUUGGAUCCGUCGCUGGCGGUCCAGCAUUUGAGAUCGACUCGAGACUCUCUCUCCUCUCGGAAUCAGUAGCACACCGCGCACUAAGCCGCGACCUGGAACCAGUCAUUGCUCGCCACUUCGUCGACAAGUACUACGAUUUACUGCUCUUACCAAAUUGUCAUCCUGAUUACUACUGGGGAUGGAUCAGCGAUAUCCAGAGGCUGAUGAGGGAAUGCAAAAGCCUUCAGUAUUCGGUGCUCGCAUGUGCUGCGUCGCACCUGCACUAUAUCGAUGACUCGUCACAGAUGCAGGAGCUUGCGCUCACAUACUAUUCACAUGCUCUGCGAGGACUGUCCGAACUUCUGGCACAACCCGGGCAACUUGAAAGCCAUAACGGUUUGCUCAUGUCGGUGAUCCUGCUAUAUCUCCACGGGUGCAUGGGCAGGGGCACCUACACUGAUGUACCGCGCCAUGUAAACGCCGCGAUACGGAUACUCUCGUUGCGACUUAUGAGCCACGACGAAAGCAUUAGCAAGCCAUUUGACAGGCUCGCUGUCGAGAGUGUCCUCUACCAGAUAUUUCUCGUUACGAUGGGGUCAUGGUCGGACCCGAUAGAGCUCGACUACCACUUCGACGCUCAGUUUUGGGUGCAGGCCGAGAGAUUACUGACGUUGUCAACGUUGUUCCCCGACCGUUCAAUGAGCUACAAUAGUCCUGUGCUCGGCAUUCCCUUGGGACUCUUCAAGCUCGCCUUAUCUAUCAAGCAACUAUACCAGAGUCCGUUCCGGAGCGACCUAGAAACUCUAGAGCAGUUUCGCAGCGAAUUGGACAACUGGGAAGGGGCGGUCCUUUCCGAUCAAGAUCUGGACCCACUCUCGCCUGAUGAAGAGCGUAAUGAUGCUCAUCAGUAUUACAGAGACGCCGCGUACCUAUACAUACUGACUGCGUCGCUGCUGGUCGAGCAACUUUCCGAGCUCGGAGAAAAGACUGGACCUCCUGAAGCAGCAUCCAGCGAGUGCUGGCAAAUCAGAAAAGUAUGUCAGAUUCUCAGUGCACAUCGAGAUGAUGAUGAGUGGGCACGAUGCUUUAUAGGUAAUUGGCCGGUGUAUACUCUGGCAUUCUUCAUGCAGGAGCCGGCAGACAUGCGCCUCCUCUGGGAGGACUUGCUGAAGAGGUGGAAUCUGACCAAGUUCGGGCAAGUCGCUCGGUUCCGCACAGACGUCGAACUGACGUGGGCUCGACGAGGACUUACAAUGUGAUGUUCCGAAUUUUGCAUACGGUACCUGGCAAGUGGCUAGGGAAUCUGAAGGACCAGCGCCAGGACAUACAUAUAGACACCGGCUGGCAAUGGGCGUGCUUUUCAUGUACAGAAAAACUUAGUAGCAUUAGGAUCCGCCUAUUACCUUGUCCUGACAACAGGCUGUACUCUACACACAUAAGGUAUCCCACGGUGAACUCCAAGACUCAAUUGUCCC